AUGACUUCCAACGAUGCAACGGCCAACAUGGAAUUGGGCAAAGUGCCAGACACCGUAAAUAAUUCGUCGAACGUAGAUGGAGCCCAACCAGAGAGCCUUGUCUCAUCGCCACAAAAAUUACGAAAAAUUCGUAUAAUCGUUGUGUGCGGUAUCAUUGUUGCUGCUCUACUGGCAACGGCCAUCUAUUUCAUUGCGACCGCCGGCGAGGAUUCCGCAUCAGGUGAUGGCAAUGGCAGUGGUGGUGGUGGUGGUUCGGGCGGUUCGAAUGCCAUCCACUUGGAAGAUAUCUUACAGGGUAAGCUGUUAUCGCGUUCCUUCAACGGCAGUUGGUCGACAGGCAGGAAUAUCAUCUACAAAGAGAAUCAUAAUUUUCAAAAUUUACAGGCUAUCGUCGAACUGAAUGUCAAGACGAAAACGAAGACGACAUUGAUGAUGGAUGAACUUCAACAAUAUGUUCUCUUUGAGAAAUCAGCUGAUGGCACCCUCCUCCUGCUGGCCAAAAACUACAAGAAGAAUUUCCGUCACAGUUAUGAAGCCGAAUAUGACAUUUACAACAUCAGCAGCGGUCAAAUACAACCUCUGCUCAUUCAAAAUCAAGUCCAUCCUCUAAUCUUGGUACAAUGGGCUCCCGUUGGCACUGGUCUCGUCAUUAACUUCCAACGUAAUUUGUACUAUAAACCCACAGCAUUUGCUCAAGAAAUUGCCCUUACCGAUGACACCAAUUUAGCCAUACUGAACGGCAUUCCCGAUUGGGUCUACGAAGAAGAGGUGUUCGCCUCGAACUCAGCCGUCUGGUUCAGUCCCGAUGGCAGUAAACUGGCCUUCAUCCAAUUCGAUGAUAGUCCAACGCCUGUCAUUAACUUCCCCAUUUACGGUGAAGCUGGUGAUAUACGUUUCCAAUAUCCCUAUAAUCGUUUGGUGGCCUAUCCGAAGGCGGGUUCACCAAAUCCCCGUGUCAAGCUGUUCACAUCGGAUUUAGCAAGCGCUGCUGCUGGUAAUACAGACCACUUGACUGAAAUCCCAAGGCCCAGUGCAUUGAAUACAGAAAGUGAUUAUAUUAUCACAGUAGUCGAUUGGCUAAAUAACACGAAUGUGUUAUCGGUGUGGAUGAAUCGGAUUCAGAAUUCGGCGCAUGUGCAGAUCUUCAAUGGGCUGAGAAGGCAAGAGAUCUUCAGUUUGGAAUCGAAAACCGGUUGGGUUGAUUUCUUUGCUGCCCCCUUCAAAAAUCGUGAUGGUUCUCGUAUUGCCCUCAUUCUGCCUCAAUCUCAAGGUGAUGCCGGAGAUUAUCGUCAUUUGUGUCUGCUAUCCACCUCCUCGGGUAAUAAUAAACCGGAAGCGAUUACCAAGGGUAAAUUUGUUGUGACCUCAAUUCUGCAUUGGGACAGUGCUAGUGAUGUGAUCUUUUAUACCGCCAACACCGAACAAAAUCCCGAAUAUUUGCAUGUCUAUGCGAUCCGUGCGGCAACGGGACAAACUGCCAAAUGUUUAACCUGUAAAUUGCAUACAUCGAAUGGUGUCGAACAAACCUAUUAUAGUGCCGAUUUUAAUGCCAUCAAUCAAGUGGUAAUUACCUCCAUGGGACCAAGCAUACCAAUUACCUCAGUCUAUGAAUGGAAUUAUUCGGGAAAUCAAGUCCAUCUCAGCAAAUUAAUGGAUUGGGAAACCAAUGACAAUCUGCGCCGCAAACUGGAAGGUACCGCUAUGCCCACCAUCGAAAUUGAAACCGUUCGCAUGUCAAAUAAUUUCACCGCCAAGGUUCUGAUGCAGCUACCUCCAAAUAUGGAUCGCAGCGGCAAAACAAAAUAUCCCAUGUUGGUGGAUGUCUAUGGUGGUCCCGAUUCCUAUUCGGUUGUGAACAAAUGGAUCUUGGACUGGGGCACUUAUCUCUCCUCAAAUCAAUCUGUGAUUUAUGUUAAAAUCGAUGGACGCGGUUCGGGGCUACGGGGUGAGAAGCUGCUACAUUCCGUAUAUCUGAAAUUGGGUACUGUGGAAAUUGCCGAUCAAAUUGAGGUGGCCCAAUAUUUACAACAAAAACAUCCCUUCAUCGAUGCCGAACAUUCCGGCAUUUGGGGCUGGAGUUAUGGUGGCUAUGCCGCCGCCAUGGCCUUGGCCACUGAUAACAAAAAUGUCUUCCGUUGUGCUGCCUCAAUUGCCCCAGUUACCGAUUGGGCCUAUUAUGAUUCCAUUUACACCGAACGUUACAUGAGCCUACCCACACUCAAUGAAAUCGGUUAUACUGCGUCGCGACUCAGCACCAAGGCGACAAAUCUGAAGGGCAAGAAAUUCCUUUUGGUCCAUGGUACCCUCGAUGAUAAUGUCCAUUAUCAACAGGCCAUGAUAUUGGCGAAGAAUUUGGAGCGACAUGAUAUUUUGUUCAAACAAAUUAGCUAUCCCGAUGAAGAUCAUGCUUUAGCCGGUGUUAGACCUCAUUUAUAUCAUUCAUUGGAUCGUUUCUUUGGCGAAUGUUUUGCCCAAAAGCGUAUGGUCUAUAGAAAAUAAA